GAUUGGAGGAGGCGCAGCAGCCGGAGCAGGCGUCGGCGGGCGGAUGGCUGUGUGCUGCUCGCUCCAUGUGAGCAGAGCGGCGCUGAGGGGAUGGCUGCCUGCGGCGCGGAGGGGCGCCGCCAGCCGCCCCUGCAGGAGCAGCAGCCAAGGCCGUCCCGUGGGGAGAACCUGCGGGGCGCGGCAGACAACUUCUCCCUCCUUUGGGUUCCUCUUUGAUAUUGAUGGAGUGCUUUUACGGGGCCGGCUAGUCAUUCCUGCUGCUAAGAAGGCCUUCCAGAAACUAACAGAUUCAAAAGGUCGGUUCCAUGUGCCGGUUGCAUUUGUAACCAAUGCUGGAAACUGCUCUCGGAACAGCAAGGCUGAGGAACUGUCUGAUGCACUUGGAUUUAAGGUUUCUCCCGAAUGGGUGAUCCUGUCCCACAGUCCUCUGCGUCUUUUCCAUCAAUUCCAUGACAAAUGUGUGCUUGUGUGUGGUCAGGGUCCUGUGGAGGAAAAUGCCAGGGACCUGGGAUUCCAUCACGUUGUUACCAUUGAAGAUGUGAGGAAGGCAUUUCCCUUGCUGGAUAUGGUUGAUCAAAGUCGGAGGCCAAAAGAGCUGCCUCCUCCACCUGUUGACUUCCCCAUCAUAGAAGCUGUGAUUCUGUUUGGGGAGCCAGUCAGGUGGGAGACCUGCCUGCAACUGAUCAUUGAUGUACUCCUGAGCAAUGGGAACCUAGGGGUAGAGCUGACUUCUGCGCCAUACCCACAUCUACCUAUCCUCGCCUGCAACAUGGAUCUUUUGUGGAUGGCAGAAGCCAAGAUGCCAAGAUUUGGCCAUGGAACCUUUCUUGUGUGCUUGGAGAACAUCUACAAGAAAAUGACUGGCAAGGAGCUGAAGUAUGAGGCCUUGAUAGGCAAGCCCAGCACUGUCACCUACCGCUAUGCUGAACAUGUGAUCAAGCAGCAGAUGGAGAGUUGGGGCUGGACAUCCCCUCUCCGCCAGCUGUAUGCUAUUGGAGACAACCCAAUGGCUGACAUUUAUGGUGCAAACCUCUACAACCGUUACCUCCAGGCUCAGGCUGAAGUAAGUGUUACUGCAAUGGCAGCAGAGAGCGAGGAACAUGUUGAGAUGCAAAGAGAUCACAGUGUGUCCAUCACCUCUGCAGAGAGCUGCCAGUCCAUACUGGUCUGCACUGGGGUCUACAAUCCCCAGGGAGAUGUGCCUGCUGAUCACAACGAGAACAUGUUGGAGACUGUGUUCCAUGGGCACCGGGACUUCCAUUUUGAUCCAACCUUGGUGGAGGCCUCUCACGUUGUGCAAGAUGUGAAUGAUGCUGUGGAGCUUGUCUUUGAGAAGGAGAACUGGAAACUGGAAUGAUAAGUCCAGUGUUGCCAGCAUCUCACCUGGGGGCAGAAGGGCAGAUCUGAGCACUGUCUUGUUCAACCCAUGCCAAAGUAAAGGAAAGUUCUCCCAACUUUUUUUUUUGGUAGGGAUUGCACCAUUCUCCCAAAUCUUUGUCGAUAUGGGCCUCUAGCACAUUUGCCAACUUGAAAUUCUGCAUUGUUGCUAAAAUGAGCAUGGCCACAGAGCAGUCUUUGCCAACAAGGGUGCCACCCAGAUGUUCUGAAAUAACAGUUUCCAUCACUGCUGACCAUUGGCUGUGCUGGCUGGGGCUGGUGGAAGUUGUAGUCCAAAACAUCUGGAAAGGACAGCUUAGGAAAGGCUGCCAUGGAGAAGGCUGAAAGGGUCACUAACUUGCCCCACCCGUUUCACAUCUGUGCAGCUUCCAUGCUCUUUCCUAUAUCUACAACUGCUGUGUAAUCCCAAUUUUGUGGUGAAAUGGGCUCCUCUGCCAAAGGCCAGUGUGUCUUAAAUAUCUCCACCCAAUCCUAUCUAAUUAAUUGUGACCCAGCAUCAUGAGGUCUGCUACGGUUUUUGGCUCUUGCUUAUGUUCCAGAUGCGCCUGAAGGUGCUUGAAAAGUUCAAAAUAUUAAAUCUGUGUCUGAGUUGAUUUUUGGCACAUGAUAUGCCUGGAGGAAUAGACCCUCUUGCCAGAGCAGGAAAGCUGCUUUGUUAAAUACAAAAUAGAAGCAGAAUAGUUGCAGUACUGACUAAAUCUCACUCUCCUGGCUAUUUCACAACUUCUUUGACUAGUUGUUCCUGAAAUAUAAAUAUUUACUUAGGCACUA